AUGAAGGUCGAACUUGAUUCUUUCUCUUCCCGGAAGAUCUACCCCGGAAAGGGUAAACUCUUCGUCAGAGGUGAUAGCAAGAGCUUCCGAUUCUCAAAUGGAAAGAGCGAAAGUUUGUUCUUGCAGAGGAAGAACCCUCGAAGAAUUGCCUGGACUAUCCUCUACCGAAGGAUGCACAAGAAAGGUAUCUCUGAGGAAAUUACCAAGAAGCGAACCCGAAGAGCCGUCAAGCACCAGAGGGCUAUCGUUGGAGCCUCUCUUGACGUGAUCAAGGAAAAGCGAUCGAUCGCUCCUGCCGCCCGCGCCGCCGCCCGCGCCGCCGCAGUCAAGGAAGGCAAAGAAAAGAAGGCCGCCGCUGAGUCGAAAAAGAAGGCUGAGAAGGCCAAGUCUGCUGCUAGUGCUGCUCGCGGUCAGGCUGCCAAAGUCAGCAAACAAGGAGCCAAGGGCGCUCAAGUAAAGGUUCAGGCGAGAACACGCUAA